AUGGCGGAGCUGCGCGCCCUGGCCAAGGCGCGGGGGCUGCGCGGAGAUACCAAGGCGGAGCUCGUGGAGCAGCUGCUGCUAUCAGGCGCGGCCUCACUCGCGUACUCCGCUCCCCCGCAACCACCCGCCCCCCCGGCCGCGGUGCCGGGGGGCGCGGACGCGAUGACGCAGCUGCUGGAGAAGAUGCCGCUUCCGCAGCUGCGCGAGCUCGCGCGCGAGCGGGGCUCGCGGUCGUCCACGCGCGCCGACAUCCUCCGAGACCUGCGCCUCAUAAUGGCUGGACAGCCCCUGCCCAAGCCUCCCCCGCCACCCGCGCCUGUCAUCCCCCCGCCCUCCCCCUCGCCCGCGCCCCCAGCCUCCCCGCCCGUUGCUAUACCAGUCGUGUCUGCACCCGCGCCGGCUCCCCCAGCAGCCGCGGCGGGCGCAGGCGGAGAGGCGGGGGCGCGGGAAAAGGAGCUGCUGGGGCUGGGGCUGGCGGAGCUGCGGCAGAUGGCGCGCGCGCAGGGCGUGCGCGGCGACACCAAGGCGCAGAUCGUCUCCGCGCUGCUAGCCCAGCAGGCCGCCACGCCAGUCAAGGCCAAACCACCCUCCCCCCCGCCCGCUGCCCCCGCCGCUGCUGCCUCUCCUGCUCCCACAGUCGCCAAACCUGCUCCUAAGCCUGCUGCUCCCAAACCAGCUGCUCCCAAACCUGCUGCCGCCAAGGCUGCGGGGGAGAAGGCGGCGGGGGAGAAGGGGGAGAAGGGGGAGGUGGAGCGGGCGUUGGAGGCGAUGGACAUGGGCGAGCUGCGAUACCUGGCGCGGGAGAGAGGCCUCAAGGGCGACACCAAAGAGGAGCUCGUCAAGGCCCUCGCCGAGGCACCCGGUAUGGGGAACGUAUCGGAAGGCCUAGGGGCAGAUGGCAGCACAGUGAAUCUGGGAGCAGCACCACAUGGCCAGGCCCCCCAACACUUCCCUUGUGCUGCAUGCACCCCGCACCUGCCAUGCCACCCUCCGCAACUCACCACACCAUCCCCCGCCCUGCUGCACCACCCCUGCCCAUGCACCACCCACUCGCCACCAACACCCCUCGCUGCCCCUCAUCCCCCGUCCCCUCUGGUCGCGCAGGCACGGGUGGAGCUGGCAUCGGAGACGGCAGUGCUACUGCAGUCACUGCUGGCCGCGGAGUCGUCCUCCCUGUCGGAGCUGCAGGCGCUCGUGCCCCUCAUCGCCCCCGACCUUGACGCUGCCACCCGUGCCGACCGCGCCGCCAUGUUCUGCCAGGCCGUGCCACCCGCCUCCCGCUCCCCCCAGGCCGACCGCUUCUGCAACGCUGUCAGCGCCGUCAGGGGGGGGCAGUGA